GGCAUUUGGGCCUCGAAGUCGGGAGACGAUUUUCAUAUCAAUUUAUGCAAGUUAUGCAAAAAGCUAGCUUCCUAUUUUUUCAUUGGCCAGAGUCAUGGCUUCCUUCCCCUGUCGAUGCGAGCAGUGUCUCCACGAAUUAUCAAUGCACCCUCGUCUUCAUGCCUCAAGCGAGAGCUCUCCUUGCUCACCAGUUUGACGGUUUCAUGGCUUCAACAAUAAGAGCAGGUCGCUCCACGCGAUGUCACGGUCAGAGACAACGUGGUCCCUUUCAGCUUAUUUUCAAGUCAUCGUAUUUUUGGUCCUGUUCGCGAAUUUCUUUCCGUCUCUCAUAAGAGUCUGCAUUUUCGAUUGCUAAUCUGCAAAACUCCUCCAUGGCUUCACAACCCGCGGAACCCGUCUAUCGAACCCCAGUACCCUUCUUCACGCGCCUGGUCUACGCCAGCAAGCUCUACCUCAGCAAGUUUGCCAUCAAAGUCGUCUUCUGCGUUCUCAACCUACCUGGAAUUCGCAAAAAAGCACACCAGCCAACCUUCACGAAAGUUUACCCCAUCCAGCCCUCCCUCCGCCACCGAAUAUUCGUGCCGAAACAAUGGAAACAUGGCGAUGCCCCACUGCCCCUCUAUCUCGAUAUCCAUGGCGGAGGGUUUGCGCUGCUCGAGCCUCGGGCCGACGACGCAUUCUGUGCGAACUUCUGCAACGAGAACAAACUCCUAGUUGUCAGUCUAGAUUACCCCCUGGCGCCCGCGAGCCGAUACCCAAAAGCUGUUCAUGCUCUAGUAGAUGUUGUGAAGGCUGUCUUGGGGGAUAAAAGUCUGCCGAUAGAUACAAAGAAGGUUACAAUUGGGGGAUCCAGCGCUGGAGCAAAUUUAUCGUUGGCUUGUACCCAAGACCCGAGUCUACAAGGGAAGAUUGGAGGUCUCGUGGCAUACUAUCCACCUUGUGAUAUCAGCACACCUGUUAAGGUGGCAAUGGCGACUAGACCGGCAAAUGCUGGAAAAGACAUGCUGGAAACAAAAGCGGAUAUGUUUAAUUGGGCUUAUUGUACAGAUGACAUUAAUCUGAGGGAUCCCCAGUUGUCUCCAAAGUAUGCUGAGCGAGCAAAGUUGCCGCCCAAGCUAUAUAUUGUUGGGUGUGAUUUUGAUCUGCUCUGUAGAGAUUCGGAGAUCAUGGCCGAAAAGUUUGCAAGUGUGGGGAAUGGUAAGAGGACGGGAACGGAUGAUUGCUGGGAAAGGAACGGGGUGAAGUGGGAGAGAAUCUUGGGCGAAGAGCACGCCUUCGACAUUGUCAUGGGUUCUGGCGAGAUCACGGCCAGGAGGAUUAAAAGACGGGCGGAAAUGUACGCGAGCGUCGCUGAGUUUCUGUUCCGGGAGGUGUACAUCUGACGGAGUCGACAGCUACUUUGGGAAAGCAGUUAAUAUUGCUGAAUCACCACCCAGAAGACAUGGCUCCUAGCUGAAUGCGGCUGAAAUUGGGAAUUAAUCCCCAAGAUCUUGCACGGGAAUCCUGAUGGACCCCGGAGCAGAAAGUCGACUCUAACCAUAUCCCGUGCGCUUGUCUUCCACAAUCUCAAUAAAGCGAGUUGUGAUUAGACUUUUGUUCAUUUUUUGAGCGUCUACUUCGAGCAAGUUCGAGAUUUCUGUCUUUUUUGGCCAGCAAGACCAAGAAUCGGGUGUAAGGAGUGCAAAAUGAUGUUGUCCAUCCUUACGUUUUCUUUGGUCCUAUUGAAGCUGAUUGAAACUGGUUUCCUAUGUUCGAGGCACAAUUCCAUUGAGAUCUAGACC